GACGGAUGCAUAGGGGGGGGAGGGGGGGGAGGCUCCCCCCCCAAUGAGAAUGUGCAGUUGGUAAAAAUUUCCCAGAGUUGGUAAAUUAAAAAACUCAAGUUUUCAAACCAGACUAAUGACACACUUUUAUAAAAACAUUAUGUGAUAACCUAUUUUUUAAAAACCUUAACAUAAGCAUUUUCUUAAAACUAAUUUUACCAAAUACAAUAAUGUCUGUCAAUAAAUCGUUGACUCGGUGUUAUUCUUAAUAUUUCUGGGACGUCGCGGCCCGAUAAACAAAAUGAUAUCGGCACAUAUCGCUUACAAAGAUUAACAUGAAAUUCUAGACCUUGAUCCUUGAUUUAUAUCAAGUUACAACUGAAGACUUUUUGGUAAAAGCCCUAUUAAUUUUUAAUGUAGGUAUCCUCUCUUGCAAAGAAUAAAAUAUACACCUUAACGUCCUUAACUUUCAAAACAAAAUAAUUUUAUACGACAUUGCAGCAAUUCGAUUUACCGCUUAUAGUGUGAAUGCACAUUUAGCUAUAUUAAAAUCAAUGCGCACUGCCCGCUAAAAUGUCACUUGUCAAAGUCAAAAGUAAAAAUUUAGUUUUGGCGGCAACAAACAGGUGAAUUAUUGUUCUUAUUCAGUUUUUAAAUACAUUUUGAAGUUUUGGAUAAGUUUUGGUGUUUUAAGAUGGAAAAAAAAGUACGUUCGAAUAGAAUAAGAGUUCAGUGUUUAUCGUGUGGUUCAGAGUUUGUGAAAGAAUAUAAACCUACACAUGAGAAAAAGAUGCACGGCGGAAAAUGUGUAGCAAUAAAACUAGUAGGCGCUCCAGACAAUCCUUUUGUUUUGGCGGCAAAAAAAAGACGAAAUGAAGAAGUUAGCGAAGGUAGGUAAAAAUACAUACUAAUACAACUAAAUCGCGGGUUUGGCCUUGUAAUGAGGUAAAAAGUAAAGGAGAUGAUAUAGUCAAGAUUGUUUACACCCCUUUUAAAAGAGGGGUGUGCUAAAACCACAAAAUUAUCUAGAUUUUUAUAUUCAUUCAUUAUAUUUAUUCAGUCAUUAAAAAUAAACAAUACUUAAUUAGCAAGCUUAAUUUCGCGAUAAAUUAUUACCUACGUAUUGUAUUGUUUUAGCAUCGUCUAGUUCGAUAGAAAAUAUACUUGAAUUGGCAGUGAAUAAAAGAAAGAGCAAAGAAGAAUCUAAAGGUAAGCUGAAUAUAGAAUAUAAUAGAUAUAUUUUGAUAGGUUUUUGCGUUUAAAGGCCGGUUUACACGCUACGAGUUAUCGUACACGUGUAUAGCUUAUACACGCUACGACAUAGUGUGUAAAUAGCAAAACGUACUUCUCACGGCAAAUAAAAUAAAAAAAUUACACAUUUCGUAAAAACUUUAGUUUUGUAUUUCGAUUUUAUAUUAGCCAAUAAAACGUACGAUAAUUCGUAAUGUAUAAACCGGCCUUAUUAGUGGUUAUAGGGAAAAAGAACACAAGAACUUUUUCUGAUUACUGAUUUGGAUUUGUAGAUGUAACAAAUACUAAAAAGCCAAAACAGUUAAUUACCGUUUUUCCGGAAGCUGAACAAAGUAAAGACAUUUUAAUUGAGGAGCCUGAAAAUGAAAACAUUGAAAGCUACACAUUUCAGGAAUCAGAACAUGGUAUGUUUUAUUAGCCAACAUAUUGGUCUAGUGCAACACAAAAUAAUAAAAUGUGCAAUAUCUUUUAGAAACAGGAGAUGAUCACGAACAUUUUUCAGACCGCAUAAGCUCUAACUCUAAGACUCAACUUAAUAGUGAUUCGAUGGAUAACUUAGCUGAUCAGUUAAUAGUGCCUAAUUUCUCAUACGUGAAUCAAAAUCAAAAGUUCUUCAUGAAUCCUUCGGACAAAAAUUCCGAAAAUGACUUCAUCCAAGAACAGAGCGAGAAGGCAUCAUCACAAGUGGAGAAUAUUUCUUUGAAUUUUAACGUGAACGAAGAAGAAUUUGAUAAAACAAAGCCUUCCACAAGCCAAAAUAGUCAAGAAGACUUUGACAAUAAUGUGUCAGAUGAAGUAGACCACAAUAAUUGGUUUGAAUGCACUGGCAGUUUUGCUUCAUUAUUAGAUCAUUUAACUAAUGCUAAGAAUUUAUUAACUAAUAUCCAAACUGAUUGUAAUAUAGAUGAAUAUAUUACCAUUAUCCAGAUUUUGGAUAUUACUAAUACCAUUAAAGAAAAAUGUGAAUUAACACGAGUGUCGUGUGAAUCUUAUGUUUCCGUUUUAGAGAAGAAGCGUAGCAUUUACGAAGUAGAUAAACAUGUUGGAGAUAAUAUGAUGAUUCUACAUGACCCCGGCAUAAGACAAGAAAUUAAAACAGACAAAGAGCGAGACUUUCUCAUUGCAUUAGGACCCCACCAACCUAAUUUAAGAAUGUUUCCCAGCGAUGGUAAAAAUCGCUUCAAUUCUGGAUGGUAUAAAGAGUAUCCUUUCUUAGAAUAUAGCACAGCCAAGGAUGCUGCUUUUUGCUUUGUUUGUUUUUUAUUUCCCACUGGCGUAGGAAGGGAGAAAUCCGAGUUAGCUUGGAGUAAGAAUGGAGUCUCAUCAUGGGGAAAAAUGAAGAGCUCUGGAUCAAAAAAAUUAGGGAAGUUACAGCAACAUUUCAGUUCCGUCUCACAUAAACAAGCCUUGCGGGAUUAUGGUAAUUUUACUAAUAAAGCAAACAACAUUGAUAUUUUAAUUAACAAGGAACAAAGAGUUAGGAAAAUUGAAGAAGAACGCAUUCUUUGUCAAAAUACAGAAGUUGUCAGUAUUUUGUUUGAUGUGGCUAAAACAUUGGGUCGACAAGGAUUAGCAUUUCGAGGAAACGACGAAAAUGAUGGAAAUUUUGUUCAAAUUGUGCAGCUGCUUUCCCGUCACAAUCCAAUUCUUGGAAAAUGGCUAGCAGACAGAAAAUUGCGUCCUUACCAUGUAAGUUACAUGGGUGCCUCUUCUCAAAAUGAGUUUAUCGAAAUACUGGGUAAAGAAAUACAAAAAGAAGUUGUCUCGGAAGUAAUAAAAUGCCCGUUUUAUGCAGUGAUGGCGGAUCAUACUCCUGAUAUUUCAAACAAAGAAAUGCUAUCAAUUGUAGUUCGUUCAGUUGAUGAAAAUGGUUUACCAAGGGAAAGACUACUGUCUGUUAUGGAAUCAAAAAAUAAAACUGGGGAAGCCACCGCACAAGAUAUUCUGGAUACAUUCAUAAAGCAAAACAUUGCGCCAGCCAAUUUAGCCUUUCAAUCCUAUGACUGUGCUGCCUCAAUGUCUGGUAAAUUUAAAGGUGCGCAAAAAAAGCUGUCCGAGUUGGUGGGUCACAAUAUUUCUUACAUUCCAUGUCAAGCCCAUAGAACAAAUACAGCUUUGGAACAUAGUUGUCACGCUUCAUUUAUAGUGGCGGAAAUGUUUAACACGUUGGAGGAGCUAUACGUUUUUUUCAAUUCGAGCACCAAACGAUUUUUUGCAAUGAAAGAAAAAUUAGCUGAAGUGGAAAAUUCGAUUUUAAUAAGAAACUUAUCCAAAACAAGGUGGACCGCUCGGGCAGAAACGCUAAAAGCUAUUAGCAUAUCAUACGAGGAAAUACUUCAACUAUUAGAAGAUAUUUCAAAUGCUAAUGAUUAUUCAAUAGACAAUAAAAGCAAAUCCAAAGCAUUGGGUUUAUAUAAAAGAAUGUUGUGUUUCGAUUUUAUAGUAUGUUUAAUGUUCUUAAAAAAUAUAUUUUAUAAAAUGAAAAUAAUCACAGAAAUUCUGGAACAGGAUGAUCUGAAUAUCAUUGAUGCCGUAAAUAUGAUUUCUUUAACAUGUACUUCGUUACGAAAUAUUCGGAAUAGUGAAGAGGAUGUAAAUAAUUUAAUCGAAAGUGCCAUACAAUUUGCAGUAAAAUUAAAUGUUGAUCCGGAAACUGAUUUCCGAAAACAUCAUAGGAGGCGUCUUGUUCCAAAAAAAAUUGAUACAAAUAGGGAUAGCUCUGUUAAUAUUCCAUAUAAGCAGUUUUAUAGAAAAGAAUUUUAUCUUGUUCUGGAUACUUUAAUUAAGUUUUUAGAUGAAAAUUUGUCAGUUGUGCUUCAAAAUGUCUCACCAUUGACAAACUUAUUUUCUUUUCCUUUAAACAAAAAAAACAUAAUUUUAACACAAAUAGAACAGGCUAUCUUACUAUUUCCACCCAGUCACAAAAUUGAUGAAUUAGCUUUACAAGCGGAGUUAGAAAUAUUGUUUGAACUAUGUAGCAAGUCAGAAAAAGUUGUUAAGUCCAUGCAGGAUGUGAUGACAAUUGCUUCCCAAAAUAAACAGAUUUUUCCUAUAGCAUUUAAGUUUUGUAGAUUUAUACUAACAGCUGGAUAUUCGGUAGCAACUAAUGAAAGAAAGUUUAGUCUGCUUAAAUUUAUAAAAAAUGCCAGCCGUUCAAAAAUGAAUAACGAACGGCUAGACCUAAUCAUGGCUAUGAAAAGUGAAAGAGACAUUUUAGAUCGUUUAAAUAUUAAGAAUUUAGUAGCCCAAUGGGCAAAAUUAAAACAAAGAAGACUUAAGGUCAUAAGUAAUUUGUAAAUACUAGUUAAUAUAAGUUGUAAGUUUUGAAUAAGUUUACAGUGAAAGAACCGCACUAUAACCAGUAUACUUAUUUGUUAGAAUGUAAAAUAAAUAUUACGAGUUGAAAAUUGAA